ACCCCCGCUUAUAUACCCGCCGGCCUCUCGCCGCCUCACGAAAUAGGAUAGCUAGCAUGGCGUCGGUGGGCUUUGGCAGCACCGUGGCGGCCGUGGCGCCGGCGUCGUCUUCGGCCGCGGGCAGGAGCCGGCCGCGGCGGUCCGCGCUGGCCGUGCCGGCCGCCACGAGGGGCAGCCCCGCGCCGGCCAAGGAGGAGAAGAGCCUCGUCGACUUCAUCUUCGGCGCCAUCUUCAAGAAGGACCAGCUCGUGGAGACGGACCCGCUCCUCAACAAGAUCGACGGCGCGCCGGUCCGGGGCGGCACCGCCUCCUCGCGCGCCAAGGCCCGCGGCGGCACCACGGCCGGCGGCAAGAAAGCUGCCACCAGCGACGACGACGGCGGCGGUUUGGGGUUCAACAUCGGCGGGCUCUUCGACAAGAAAGGCUGAUUCCUGAAACUCGAAGCUGGAUUGAUUGGCUUUGCAAAAAUUGAUUGCAUAUAUAUACGUGUGGUGUGGUGUGAGGUGGCUGUGGCCUGUGGCUCCCCCCUUCAAAACUCAAGUGAUUCCUUUUUCUAUGUGAUAAUGUGAUCUACUUGAUACUUCACGCAGCAUUUCUUC